AUGCCGAACGGUUACAGAGCUCCUGAAGUAGUUCUAAAAUCGAACUGGGGUUACAAGGUGGACAUUUGGAGUGUUGCCAUGGUCGCCUGGGACAUUGUUAGCCCUCGCACCCUUAUCAGUGGCAAAAACACAGAUGGCAUAUUUGAUGACCGGGUGCAUAUGGCGGAACUGGUUGCCCUGCUAGGCCCUGCGCCACCCGAAUUCCGAGAACAGAGGCAUCUCAGUUCGGUCUUCUGGGAUGAGUCGGGCAAUUGGAAGGACGUAGCCCCGAUUCCAGACAUUACUCUGGAGAGCCUGGCCGAGAAUGUUGAAGGGGAAGACAAAGAAGGGUUUUUGAGGUGGCUACGGAUGGCUUUGCAGUGGAACCCCGAGGAUCGGGCGACGGCUCUGGAACUCUUAUAUGACGAGUGGCUGAUGAAGGGACUAGGGGAAUGA